AAGUUCUUUCAGAAAAAGGAAUUGUAAUAAAAAGCAAACCCAGGAUUCUAAUUGAAACAAUUACAAUUGACAAUUUAGUAUAUAAAGAUAUCCAAAAAGUCAAUAAAAAACUUGAAGAAGCUACUACAAACGGAGAAGAAUUAGUUGUGUGCAUCCUCGAUAAAAAAACAACUGGCGAUAAGUCUUUAUAUGCAGUGGUCAAGAGGACUUGCCUAACAACUGGAGUAAUUUCUCAAUGUUUUCUUUGGUCAUCUUUUAUCGACAAAAAGGGAGAGCAUGAAAAUAAAAUAAGAAAUGUUUUUAGUAUGAUCGCACCUAAGCUAAAUACUAAAUUAGGUGGGGUCAACUGUUCAUUAUCUGAAGAACUAAAUUUUAAUUCGAAAAAGGCAAUGAUAAUGGGCGCCGAUGUAUAUCAUCCAGGACCUGUAGAGAAAGCUAACGGUCACCCCAGCGUGGCUGCAGUGUGUGCAUCAAUGAAUUCUGAUGCCACAAAAUACGCGGCUCGUUAUAGAUUAAAUGAAAUCUUAAAAAAUGAAACAAUUGAAGAACUAAGUGAAAUGACCAAAGAACUACUUGAUGAAUUCAAGAAACGAAAUGAAUAUCUUCCAGAUCAUAUUAUUUUUUAUCGGGAUGGUGUAGCCGAAGGACAAUUUGAAAAGAUUAUGAAAGAAGAAGUAAAAGUUCUGAAAGAUUCCCUCCAUGAUUUUUAUGAUGAAAGUGAUAUUCAAGAACCUAAAAUAACUUUCUUGAUUAUGCAAAAACGGCACCACACGAGAUUUGCACCCGUAAAUAAAGAAGAAGCAAACCCUGACACUGGAAAUUCACUUCCUGGAACUAUAAUUGAUUUGAAAAUUGUGGUUGCAGACGAAUUUAGUUUCUUUCUUUUGAGUCAAGCAUUGGUUCAAAAAGGUACGACCGCCCGUUCCGCAUAUUAUCGGAUUUUAUUAAAUGAAGGAGAUUUUACCGCUGAUGAAAUUCAACAAUUAACCUAUAAUCUUUGUUACUUAUCAGCAAGGUGUAGCGUAUCUAUAUCACAAGUAGCUCCUGCAUGCUAUGCCCAUCAUAUAGCAAAUCAAGCGAGAUAUCUUGUAGAUUUUUUACCGUAUAAUGUUGCCAAUGCAAAUCGUGGUAAUGGUUAUAGACGUGGAGGUCGUGGAGGUCUUGGUGGUGGGCGAGUAGGUGUAAAUAAUAGUAGUCAUCAAAAAAGACCACUUGUUAGAAAUGGAAGUUGGGUUCGCGUGAUGAAAGACAUUGAGAAUAAGAUGUGGUUCCUUUAA